UGCGUGGCCUCCAUCUUUCUGCCGUGAGCGGCACAAAGGAGCGGCGCCGGGCCGGGGUGCGCCGGGCGGGGCUGCGGCGGCCCCGCUGGGCUCCCGCAGGAGCUCGGGGACCCAUCAGCAUAGUUCCUAAAAGUGAAAGCAGUCACCCGUAUAACUCACGGCCCGCGAUAAAGGCGUAUAAUGUGCUGCUUUUCCAGAUACUGUGCCCUGAAGAAGUUCAGUCCACUUCUGUUACAGCAGUUUGUGAGCAAGCCCAGCUGUUCCUGAACCAAACUACUUAAGGACCUCCUUCUGGAUGACCAAUGUGUAUUAUAACCGAUUAUAUCAGAAACUAAGUCUCCAACUUCCCAUUCAUUCCAGCUGGUAGCAACACUUAUAAUGCAAAAAAAUCACAAUUCAGGAUCACACAAACAUUGCUUUUAAAACUUCCUAGAUGAUUGUAGUUGCUUUGGUUGUGUUCUAUGCUAGCAGAAGCCUUUUUCAAGGUUUACUGUUGACUCUAGAGCACCACAUUCCCCGCGUACUGGGAGCCUCGGGGGCUAGCAAUAUGGGAAACUCGUGUGUUUGCCGCGAUGACAGUGGAGCAGAAGACAACGUGGAGUCUCAAAGUCGGCAAACAGAGAACAGUAGAGUACACGUACCUGAAGCACGAAGUCACACAAGGGACCCUGUCCGUCCACCCAGAAGGGGUCGAGGGCCUCAUGAACCAAGAAGGAAAAAACAGAAUGUGGAUGGGCUGGUACUUGACACACUGGCUGUAAUUCGGACGUUAGUAGAUAAUGACCAGGAGCCUCCCUAUUCAAUGAUCACGUUGCAUGAAAUGGCAGAAACAGAUGAAGGCUGGUUGGAAGUUGUCCAGUCUUUAAUUAGAGUUAUUCCAUUAGAAGAUCCCCUGGGACCAGCUGUUAUAACGCUACUACUCGAUGAAUGUCCGCUGCCAACAAAAGAUGCAUUACAAAAGUUAACUGAAAUAUUAAACUUAAGUGGAGCUGCUGCUUGCCGGGAUGCUUGUCACCCUGCCAAACACCGAAAUACAACUGCAGUACUGGGCUGCUUAGCAGAGAAGUUAGCAGGUCCUGCGAGCAUAAGCUUACUCAGUCCAGGCAUCUUGGAAUAUUUACUUCACAGCUUGAACUUCCAGUCCCAUCCGACAGUGAUGCUUUUUGCACUAAUAGCACUGGAGAAGUUUGCACAAACAAGUGAAAAUAAAAUGACAGUUUCCGAAUCGUGCAUUAGCGACCAACUGCUCUUGCUAGAGAAAUGGACAAAUAAUCCAGACUAUUUAAAACGCCAAGUUGGAUUCUGUGCCCAGUGGAGUUUAGACAAUCUGUUUUUGAAAGAAGGAAGACAGUUUACAUAUGAGAAGGUUGAUUUGACCAACAUUAGGGCUAUGCUGAACAGUAACGAUGUCAGUGAAUACCUGAAAAUCUCGCCACAUGGAUUAGAGGCUCGAUGUGAUGCCUCCUCCUUUGAAAGUGUUCGGUGUACGUUCUGUGUAGAUUCUGGAGUUUGGUACUAUGAAGUUACGGUCAUUACUUCGGGAGUGAUGCAGAUAGGAUGGGCUACCAAAGACAGCAAGUUUCUCAAUCAUGAAGGUUAUGGCAUCGGGGAUGAUGAAUACUCCUGUGCGUAUGAUGGCUGCCGGCAGCUUAUUUGGUAUAAUGCCAGAAGUAAACCACAUUCCCAUCCCUGUUGGAAGGAAGGUGACACAAUAGGAUUUCUACUAGACUUGCAAGAAAAGCAAAUGAUCUUCUAUUUAAAUGGAAACCAGCUUCCUGCUGAGAAGCAAGUAUUUUCUUCUGCUGUAUCCGGCUUUUUUGCUGCAGCUAGUUUCAUGUCGUAUCAACAGUGCGAGUUCAACUUUGGGGCAAAACCUUUCAAGUACCCACCUUCAAUGAAGUUUAGUACCUUUAAUGAUUAUGCCUUUCUGACAGCAGAAGAGAAAAUAAUUUUGCCCAGACACAGGCGCCUGGCUUUGUUGAAGCAAGUGAGUAUCCGAGAGAACUGCUGCACGCUUUGCUGCGAUGAGGUAGCAGACACAGAACUCAGGCCGUGUGGACACAGCGACCUGUGCAUGGAGUGUGCCUUGCAACUGGAGACCUGCCCUUUGUGUCGACAGGAAAUACAAACCCGAGUCAGACAGAUCUCUCACAUCUCAUGACACAGGUGGAGAAAUACCAUAGACUUGUUUUUAAUGAACUCCAACCAAUACUGAAAGGGGAAAGCAUCUCUAACCAAUCUUUACGCACAUAGAACCAUGGCCAGAUUUCAUGCUAAACUGUAAUCUGUUUAUCUUAAAAAUGAAAUCUUUAAUAAGCUAUUUCAAGUUGCCAGCAACGGGAACCAGUUUCAACAGUAAGACAAGACGGUAGGUCAGCAAGCCAUGGCUGUUGGUUUCUCCAAGCAAGACCAUAGGAGUACCUCUCUUCUUCCCCUUUUCUUCUCACCUGUUGCAAGUGCUGAAACAAUUUGCACUGGAAGUACAUGUACAAUGCAUUUUAGAAAGAAGAGAAAAGAAGUAUCUCCUGAAACAGGGCUGUUCUGUCUUGUGCUCAGAAGUCUCUGUUUUUGGCAGAAGUCAGUACUAGAGAGAAUGCCAGUGUUUUCCUGUUUAAUGUAGCCUCCUGCUGGUCAGAGACUGUUUUCCGACAGUGGAUAUUAAACUGCUCAAAGACUUCCUCUGUACACAGACUGAUUUGAAAAGACAGUGUGGAGACUGUAGAGAAACUCACAGGUUUUAAUAACUUGGUGAAUCCAAAGAAUGUUCUAAUUUGUUUUUAAAUGUUAAAAGAUCAGUGGUAUUUUCAGGUACAUAAUGUUUCUGAUGCUUUUAACUUCAGUACCCACAUUUUUUUGUGAGGAUAUAAUUUUCAGGAGGUAUUCUUAACUAAUUAUAACGCUGGACUGGAAUUAAUUUGAUAUUCUGGGUAUUUUUUAAGGUAUCAUCAAACAUCUUUUUUUAAUCAGUGUUUUUGAAAGUUAUGUUCACUUUGGAAAUAUUGAUCUUUCUUAAAAUAUUUGAGGAGAAUUUGGGGCCAGUUUAUUUAAAGAAAAAGUGCUAUUUGGAUAGCAAGUUCAGUCUUACUCUGUAACUCUUGAAAAAUGCACCUUGCUUGCCAUGCGUUGCUCCUGCUCUGAGCAGGUUUGGGGCCACGCUUCAUAUUUUUGGUAGGGAUCAUAAAGUGGAGCAGAGAUUCCCACUUUAAUAACACAGUUGUGAUGUUUGUAUGUUAAGAAUGCAUUUCAGCUGGCAGCUUUUGACUGUUUGCUAGGUUUCUAGGAGGAGUCAGGGUUCACAGCUGGUGUCAGUGAAGUAGCACAAAAAUCUGUGGAGAUAUGCUUAUUUUGCACCAGCUGAGCAUAUGACGUUCUCUUCCAAGACUUGUACAGGUACAGGUUGGUGUUUUUUUAAAUUAUCUGGCUGCAUAGUAGAACUUUAUUAAUUCACACUCAACUUACACCAAAACUGUCCCACUUCUUGGCAGUGGUUCAACAGCAGGGGCUGUUGUAGCGAGUUCUCAUGCUGCGAUGUAUGUUAUUUUUUUAAAUUGUUUAUUAUCUCUAUUGUGCUAUUGAGUACAAAGCAGAGCUGAGGCUGCUUCCACCUGCUGAGCGCUCUUGCUUCCUACUGACCUGAACAGGAGCUGAGAGCUCUGCACACAGGUCCCAGAGUCAAGCUCUCUAGCAAUUCCUUUCACCUUCUGCCUUUGCAAACUCAAGGGUGCUGAAUUUCAUCCAGAGAUUAAAAAAGUGUCUUCACAGAACCUCUGGAAUACAAUGUGUGAAUUAGGAAAGUUCCUUCCAUCAUUUUCUUGGUGACUGUUUUCCACAUACAGACUGAAUCAGAAACAGAGUGCUGGUUGUUAGUCUCUUUGCUAAAAUGUGAAUUCUCUUCCACCGUGGAUGCCUGUUUUGAUUCAAGUCAGACUGGCAAAUCUGUGCCACGGGGACCUCGCUUCCUCCCUAGCUGUACUGUACAAUAUCUCACUGUAACCCACGUUGCGAGUCAGGGCUGAGUCCUUCCUGCUUGGUGCUGGAUGAGUAAACACCGUCACUGCCACAAGGAUGUUCGCAUUUCAGAAUCACUUGACAUUUUAAAUGCUUCCAAAUGCAAUGAAAGGUCCUUAUUCCUAAGGUCCAGAGAUGCUUUAGGGAAGAGGUGGGACAGAACCGUUUGAAACUCUGCCUUAAUAGAUUCUAGUCUCUUCAGGGCUUUGGCUUCCCUGGCCAGGAUUCACUGAGGUAAAAUUUUCAGAAGUGCCUAGAACUCCUGAUUCGUAUCAGCUGCUUGACGAGAGCAAGUGCUCGAGGCCCAGGCCCACAGAGGCUUCUGCCUGUCUGCUGUCCCUUGCAAAGGGGCUUGAGCCGCCAUUAUUCCGUGGGCGCAGGGACGCGCAAGUGCUUGUUCCUUGUGGAAAAGAUGUCAGUGCUUUGGAAAAUUUUGCCCCAAACCAACUUCUGCGCAGGUGGUGCUGGGCAAGGGAAGCCAGCGGCGGAGGGAGGCGAGCUGCAGAGACCUGUCCUGUUCAUUUCACAAAGGGAACGACUGUACACUUCCACUGGCUUUCUGCUGAAAUCCGCCGGGGGGCGCUGUGGCAUUCGCUCCUCCCGCUCCGUGCAGGGCCCCCUCCCUCCCUGCACGCCCUGCCGGGCCGGGGAGGGGGGAGGCGGGGGGGGAAAAAAGAAUUGUUCUGAAGUUGUCAGUUCAACAAUAAAAAACGUC